AUGUCAAAUGAUGCCAGAGGCCCUCUAUUUUUACCAGUAAACGAUGACGAUGAGGAAGAACUUCAGCAGGCCCUUGCGCAGGACCCCGAACCGGCGACGAUACAUCUGUCUUUACCGCUCGAAUACCAGCGGACUGCGUUCAAAGAAGUCCGCGAGGAGGAUGGGUUGGUGAUUCUUGCACGCGGUCUCGGAUUACAGAGGACCAUCGCGAACCUACUACAUUCCUAUGAUACGCCUGGAAACCUAGUAGUUCUCGUCAAUGCCGAUAGUCGUGAGGAAGACUUCAUCGGGGAAGCUAUCGCAGAACUCGGUGCGAAGAGCGACAAUGGAGGGCUGGGAUUGAGGAUUGUGCGCAAUGAAGGUAUGGGUGUGGAGAAACGUCAGAAGCUUUACGUCGGUGGUGGCCUGUUCAGUGUCAGUUCGAGAAUUCUCGUAGUGGACCUCCUGACAGGGUUAUUGGAUCCAGAGAAGGUGACAGGCCUGGUGGUCAUCCGAUCAGAACGAGUAGUCACAACAUCCAUCGAAGCCUUCAUCCUAAGAAUCUUCAGACAGAAGAACAAAGAUGGGUUCAUCAAAGCCUUCUCCGACAACCCCGAGCCAUUCACGACAGGAUUCGCGCCAUUGACAAACAUGAUGCGGAACCUCUUCCUUCGCCGGGCAUAUCUGUAUCCACGAUUCCAUAUCGCUGUUGCGGAGUCCUUGGAGACGAAGACAAAGAAAAGUUCGUCCCAACAUAGAGCGACGGAUGUGGUCGAGUUGGAAGUGCAGAUGACGGAGGAUAUGAGACUGAUACAGAAUGCCGUGUUGGAGUGUAUGGAGGUUUGCUUGGCGGAGUUGAAGAGGUCGAAUCCAGGGUUGAUUGAUAUUGAGGAGUGGAAUGUUGAGAGUGCGUUGACGCGUAAUUUCGAUGUUACUGUCCGGAGACAGUUGGAUCCGGUGUGGCAUCGCGUGAGCUGGAAGACUCGGGGUAUCGUCGGGGAUCUGGGUACGUUGAGGUCGAUAUUGCACUACCUCCUCAGCUAUGAUUGCGUGAGCUUCAACAAGAUCUUGGAAACGAUUUUGGCGACGAAUACACCUGCACCGGGGUCAACGCGACAAAGUGCAAGUCCGUGGCUUUUCUUGGAUGCAGCGAAUACGAUCUUUACGCUGGCGCGGAAGAGGGUGUAUACGGAGACACUGGGGUCCUUGAAGACUGAGCCGGUACUUGAGGAACAGCCGAAGUGGGGUACAUUGGCGGAGGUGAUGGAUGAGAUCGAGCGUGAACUCCAUUUCAGCCCGCCUGGACCAGAUGCUGGAACGAACUCUGUCCUGAUUAUGUGUUCCGACGAACGAACGGCUGGACAAAUCAGGGAAUACUUGCAAACCAUGCAUGAUGGUGUUAAAGGUGAUGGACCCAGUGCUAGGCUCAUGCUGAAACGCAAGCUGAGGGAUUACUUUGAGUGGAAGAAGGGGUGGAAAAACUUGAGUGAGCAAAUUGCAAAGGAGAAGGAAGACGCUAAUGGAGGAAGACCUGGGUCGUCAACUGGUGAUAAGCGUGGGAAGGAUGAUAGGAGUUCGUUCCGGGGCCGGCAACCGCCGAACAAGAGACGGAGGGUACGUGGAGGUGGUACAUCUGCGGCUACGGCGGGAGGGAGGCAGGUCAUUACGAUCGAUGAUGAGGAUCAGAAUAUGGCGGAAAUGGCGGCGUCGAUUCAGGAUGCGGCUGAUGGGGAGGUUAAGGAGGAGAUCUUCAUCAUUGAUCAGUUCGAGGAUAUGGGAAGCAAUUUUGAGAUGUAUGAUAUGGAUGAUUUGGUCUGUGUCGUACCAUAUGACGGUGAUAUGGAUGAUCGCGUUCUGGAAGAACUGAAGCCGAGGUUUGUCAUCAUGUAUGAUCCCGACCCUGCUUUUAUUCGACGCAUCGAGAUGUACAGGAGUACAUACCGAAACCGGAGCAUGAGGAUGUAUUUCAUGUACUAUGGUGCGAGUGUCGAGGAACAGCGGUAUCUGAGCUCCGUACGGAAAGAGAAAGAUGCGUUCACGAAGCUAAUUCGGGAGAGGGGAAAUAUGGCCCUAACUUUCACCAAGGAUACGGGUAUCGAGGAUCCCCAGGAGGCGUUCUUGCGAACUGUGAAUACGAGGAUUGCGGGUGGGGGAAGGUUGAAAGUUACUGCGGAGCCGCCGAGGGUCGUGGUUGAUGUGCGUGAGUUCAGGUCCAGUUUGCCGAGUUUGUUGCAUGGGCGGAAUCUGACCAUCAUUCCAUGUUUACUGACGGUGGGUGAUUACAUCCUGUCACCAACCAUGUGCGUGGAGCGAAAGUCUGUCAAGGAUUUGAUUCAGUCAUUGGCGAAUGGUCGGUUGUGGACGCAGUGCGAGACGAUGUUAUUGCAUUACAAGACUCCGAUUAUCUUGAUCGAGUUUGAGCAGAACAAGUCGUUCAAUUUGGAGCCGUUUGCGGACAUGACGGGGAGUAUUGGGCAGAAUGAUUUACAGAGUAAGUUGGUGUUGCUCAUGCUGGCGUUCCCCAAAGUCAAGAUUAUCUGGUCGUCGUCACCGUAUCAGACUGCUGAGAUCUUCGAGGAUUUGAAGAAGCAGCAUGAGGAGCCUGAUCCGUUGAAGGCUGUCACCAUUGGUCUUGAGGAAGGUGAGGAUGCGACGUCGCAGUAUAAUCAGGCUGCUGUUGAUUUGUUGCGUGGAGUACCGGGGAUUACGGAACGGAACUACAAGAACGUCAUAUUCUCGUCCGAGAACGUGAAGGAAUUCGUGAACUCGACACAGAGGGAGAUUAUCGACAUGAUCGGACCUGAGGCAGGAAGGCAGGUCCAUGCAUUUUUCAACAGGGACUUUAAGGGUUAGGCGGGGUACGGUUACGCGGCGUUUUUGCUUUUACGCAUUCGCUCUGUUCCCUGUGCAGUGACAGCGAUCGACGGAGAACUGACCGAGGGGCCGUAGCCGCCGUCUCGUACCGCGUACCGCGUACCGAGGUUAUCUGACAGCUGUGUGCUGUGCUCGAGCUCUACCGACACCCCCGCUGCGCCGGCCGAGG